UCAGUGGGCUGCGAAGGGAGGACGUGAAGGCGGAGGGAAGCCCCCAGUGCCACUGACGGGCAUGCGCAACGGCGCCCCAGAAACAUGGCGGAGGCGGCGGCGUGAAUCCAGGCGACGGGAGCCGCGCGCAGCUGACAGACACGCGAGCCGCGCCGCCGGCGCUUUGCAGGACCGGCGGCUGCCUCGGCUUCCCUCCUUUGCCCUGGGGAAGCUUGUACUAAAAAGAAGAGUGAAGUGUUCUUACAACAUUUAUGUUUUCGCUGUGAAAAGAAAGAACAAACAUUGUACCAUGGGAAAAACAGCAGCUAAAGAAUCCAAGACUAUCAGAAAAGAAAAACUUGGGAAGAGUAAUCCAUCGAACAAUCAGUUAGUAAAUAAUGACUAUUUUAGCUGGGAAAAUUACUUGAAAGAGACUGGAUCUCUCGCUGCUCCUGCACAUUGUUUCAGACAGUCUAGAAUUCCACCUACUAAUGAUUUCAAAGUGGGUAUGAAACUGGAAGCUCAUGACCCUCGCAAUAUUACCUCAGUAUGUAUAGCUACAGUUAUUGGAAUUACGGGUGCCAGAUUAAGGUUGCGACUGGAUGGAAGUGAUAACAAAAAUGACUUUUGGAGGCUUGUGGAUUCAUCUGACAUACAGCCAGUUGGAACCUGUGAAAAGAAUGGAGGGAUGCUUCAGCCUCCAUUAGGAUUCCAGAUGAAUGCAUCUUCUUGGCCAAUGUUUCUCUUAAGAACACUAAAUGGAGCUGACAUGGCAUCUGCAGCAUUGUUUAGAAAGGAACCACCAAAGCCUUCUCCAAAUUGUUUUAAAGUUGGGAUGAAAUUAGAAGCAAUAGACAGAAAAAACCCUUUUUUAAUAUGUCCUGCAACCAUUGGGGAUGUUAAAGGAGAUGAAAUUUUUAUUACCUUUGAUGGCUGGCGAGGGGCAUUUGACUAUUGGUGUAAAUAUGAUUCUCGGGAUAUCUUUCCAGUUGGAUGGUGUGACUUAACAAAAGAUGCUCUACAACCACCAGGGAACAAUGUUUCUGGUGCAAAGAAUAAUGCAAAAGCCCAAACAUCCCCUUCCAAAGUGACCCGGCGUUCAAUGCAGUCUCCACAGAAAUUGGCAUCUGUUCCAGUUCCUGUUCCUGCUCCCACACCUAAAGGGAAGAAAGCUUCAUCUGGGAAGAAAGCUUCAUCUGCAGUUCUUAGGAAAGGCAGGUCUCCCAAAAAUAUUCAUGUGACAACAAACACAUCUCAUAAGGAAAACCUCCAAACAAGAAAACACAGCUUGAAACCAGGCAGGAAGAAAAAAAUCUUACCAGUGCCAUCUCCAGUAUUUUCUCCUCCCCUUGCUUCUGCAAAACUGGAAAAUAGCAGUACACAGAUUCACAAAGAUGGGCCUGCUAUUACGAGUGCAACAACAGCUGUCAUUUCUACCGUUUGUGUCUAUGUUAACAAACACGGAAACUCUGGGCCUCAUCUGGAUCAGAAGAAGGUGCAGCAGCUUCCUGAUCACUUUGGACCAGGUCCUGUGAAUGUGGUGCUUCAGCAGGCUGUGCAGGCUUGUGUAGACUGCGCCUGUCAAUCAAAAACAGUCUUUGGAUUCCUGAAGUCAGGACAUCAUGCAGGAGAAAUGAUCACAGCCUCUUUUGAUGGGGAGAAGCAUGCCAUCAGUCUUCCUUCUGUAAACAGUGCAUCAUUUGUCCUACGUUUCUUGGAGAAGCUCUGCCACAGCCUACACUGUGAUAAUCUUUUCAGCAGCCAGCCUUUCAGCCCUUACAUGGGGAGUGCCCAUAGUCCUACAGACUAUGAUAGAAGCAAGCCAGCGAAAGAAGAAAUAUUGGACAACAGAAGUACUACUAAGCGGUGUUCUCAGGAUUCACCACCCUAUACUGUCCCGCUGUCUACUAAACUACCAAGAACUGAAGUUCACCCCUCAGAAGCAGAAAUUUUGCCAAGCGAAGAAAACAGCACAUCUAAGGAGCACAGGUUUUCUGAAGACUCAAUGGAUUCUGCACUAAAUUCAGUAAAUCCUUCAAGCCCUAGUUGUCGGAGUUCCACAGAAUAUCGUACCUCAGGGAGCGCAGCCUAUUACAGGAAUUCUCUUCCACCAUUGACUGCUACCUCAAAUAUAGCACCAAUCCUACGCAGGGUAUCAUCAAGUUCUGCUGGGAACAGCAGUUAUUAUGAAGUCAACAGGAAUCGACUGCAGAGGAGGAUUGAAGCUGCAAGCUCUACAACAGGGCCUGACCUCAGCACACUAAAGCGGGAACCUUCCAGAAUUCCCAAUAAGGAUCCAUCUACAUGGUCAAUAGAUGAAGUAAUGCGAUUUGUGAAAGAAGCUGAUCCUCAAGCAUUAGCACCCCAUGUAGAGCUCUUCAGAAGACAUGAAAUAGAUGGAAAGGCUCUCCUUUUGCUGAGGAGUGAAAUGAUAAUGAAAUAUAUGGGGCUAAAGUUAGGCCCAGCAUUAAAGCUGUGCUACCAUAUUGAGAGGCUUAAGCAAGGAAAGUACUAGGUAGUGGACGCACAACAUUAUUAUGUGUUUCGGACAACUUCUCAGGUUCACAAAAUACAUCGGACACAAUGCAGCAAAGACUUUGCCAGUUCAUGGGUCAUACAAAUGGAUUGUUGCUGGUCCCAUUCACACUGCAAAAAGAAAAGUCCAGGUCACUGGUAUCCAGUGUUUAUUUGAAAAGCCUUGUGUGCUUUGCAACUAUCACUGGUCUGGAGAAGCAUCCUCUCAAAAUGCAGGUUUUCUUGUCACAAUAGAAUACAUGGAUCACACUGUGGUAUUUAAUAAUUUGUGUGAAAACAUACUGGGAAAAGAAAACCUGCAAAAUAUAUUCUCCAUUAUUCAGCUUCAGCUGGUGCAUUUUCAUUUAGAACCAAAACAGCUGAAUUCCAAAGGAAUAAUCAUUUUUUUAAAAUCUCAUCAGGAUAUGUAAGUUCCUAAAGCUGUGGCUGAAUUCUAAGAUAAAAAUGGCGCUGGGGACGGGUGUGUGGCGGAAAGCAAUUUUUGCAAUUAAUUUCAUUUCCUCGGUUAACAUUUUAUACCUGGCACUCCAGAAUAUUAAUAUUGAGAUAUUGCUGUGUUGAUUUCCAUAAAGGGAAUAGCCAUAUGAAUUGUUCUCUAUAUAUGGUGUUUGUUUAAAAACUAAUAAGCUUUUUUUUGAAAUACUGCUAUUACUUUCUCUUUUUAAAUUAUGAAAGAAAAUAUUGUUUUAUGCUGACAAUUUAAGCUAGCAAUAUAUCUAUGUAUAUGUAUAUAUAUAUUUUUACAAGGAAGUUCUCAGUGCUGAUUCGAGCAGCCAGCUUCCAGAUGACAAACACUUCCAGCUUGCCAACUGGAAUAACCCACCUGUUAUUUUAAAACAUUCCAUCUUUACGGAGCCUUGCAUGAAUAUUAAUGUUCAUGCGCUUGUAUAUUUAUAUAUGUGUGUAUAUGGUACAUGCAUAUAUACUGUACAUAUGUGUUCAUUUUAAAUGUCUUUUAAAGGUACUUUUGCACUGUGAUGGACAAUAAACUGUAGAAAUCCUUUUCUAAACCAGUUAAACAAAAUCACGCAGAAAAUAUUUUGGCCCAGUGCACAGAGGUAGGCUGUGUACUAGGAUCUUCAAAUACACACCUACUACAAGUAUAGAUAAACUGGGAAAUAGGGCAAGGAGAAAAGAGAGGCCUUUGUGACUCCUUUCCCCUUUACAAAGGUGAGUUUAUGCUGCCUCUUGAGUGAUGUGUGUUCUAGCAAGGGCUCCACGGGGUGUGUAUCUUUAAGUACUUGAUGCAAGGAUCUUAAACCACAAAGUAUCAUUUGCAGCCACAAAAUUGGUCUUGCUAGAUUAAAAAAAGUGAAUGUGUCCUCUUACUAUUCAUUGAUACUUGUCUGCUUUACUUUCCAUUUCUGGAGAAGUAUAAAACAAUCAAUAGACAGGUGUAUUCAUACAGGGAUAUUCCCUGCACUAUGCAAUAUUCCUAGAUUUUCAUAUUUUGCUGAGCCAUUUUAUUUUGGGAGGUUUUCUGGCUAGUAGUAUGGAUUUUAUUGAUUUUGGGUUUCUUUUAGCUUCUUUUAAUGUAAAGAUGAUAAUUUUGAACAAAGAAGUUGAAGUGCCCAUGGACGUGUGUGUGUUUUACAUAAACCUUGGUGCUGCAUUCUAUAAGCUACAAGAAGUUAUGCUGAUAGUAAACACUUUGCUGUCAUUGCCAAUGUCAUAUCAGGGACCAUUUGUGUACAUUUGCUGUUUAGCAAACUGAAUGUACUGUAUUUAAUAGUACAACUGAUGAUAAAGGUGAUGUAGUCCUAAAAGAAGGGUAGAUUGUAUAUUUCUUACAGCCUUUUUAUAUCAAAGCUUAAAAGUAUUUUUACACAAUACUCAUUUGAAAAUGCCUUGCUUACUGGUAUACUAAUAACUCAGGUUUAACAAAAAUAUUUCCAACUAAUAAAGAAAUCCGUCUCAGACUUAAUUAUGUUUUAAAUUACACAGAUAGAAUUUAAAUUUGACUCAACUACAGAGGUUUGCCUUACAAAUGAGCAGUCUUGUGUUAAUAUCAAUUGUGCCAGCUUUUAAUGAGCACAUACAAAGCAUCUAGCUAGUCCUGUGUCAUGGCUUUACAAUGCUGAUGCAGGCAUAUGAAUUUAUGCAAACAUCUAGGAUCAGGGUGUCAGAGCUGCGAUUCAGUUCACGUAUCAUUUGCAUGCACAUGUCUUCCAGCAGAUGUGACAAAUGCACAAGAUUCUAACAAUGGAAUAGUGAAAGCAUGGCAGCAAGCACUUGACGGAUGUAUAUAUGGCUGGCUGUGAUCCUGAAGAUACCACAAAUUCCAAAUGUCUUGAGUAGUUGUAGUUUAGUAACCUCAGACAGCCGCUCAGUUUGCCAAAUAAUUUUUUAAACUUGAAAACUUUUUGUUGUUCAAUUACAGAGAUAAUGGAAAAUGCUAGACUGCCUUUCUGUUUCUAAUGGCAUUUCCAAAUGCUGUUAAUAUAGAAAGGAAAGAGGGUUUUUUAAAAAAAUGUUAUAUUUCCUGAUCAGUGACUUGUUCAUUCUACUUACCAACAUAUUCUACUUACCAAGAAUAUUCAGAAGCAGAUUUGCGUAGAAAAGAAUCAAACUCUUACAAGUGUGUUAAUACUUCUUCUAGGUUGCAGCUAAUUACUUUGAAAAUAUUACAAACACAGCUCAAUUAAUUUUAUUUAAACUAUAGAUCAUUUUUUAAAAAAUUAUUUCAUGUCUUAUGUUUUUACACAUUUUGCCAGCAUGAUGCAAGAUUUUGUUAGCAUUGCAUAAAAGGUGUGCACUGUAUCACAUUCACACAUUUGAACAUGAAAUGGGAAUGUCACAGUGAAAUUUAACCUUGUACAAUAGCAUAAUAUCAAAGUCUGUCAAGUGUCUGUAACAGAAUAUAUUUUAAUCCUUUAUUUUCGACUGGAUUUAUUAUCUAAGCAGAAAAUUAAACUUGUUCAGUGUU